AUGAAUGAAGCAUAUGCAAGUCAAGUAAAGAACAGUACACAGAAAGGAGCAUCUUAUGAACUUCAGUUUUCAUCACAACUUGUUAACUGGGAAGAUAACAUUGUGGGCACAUAUCUUGGAAUCGUGUUUUUACUGGCACUCAUCCUAAAUUUCUUGGUGAUUUAUACUUGCCUUCGGAACUGGAAGUCUUUACUGAUGUCCGACUAUUACAUUCUGAAUUUAGCAUGCAGUGAUACCAUUUUGCCAAUGACAGCGUUUCCAUUACCCAUCUCAUCAUCUUUCUUUCAUCGAUGGAUGUUCGAAGAACCAGGAUGCGUUGUUUACGGAUUUCUAGGAUUUUUCUUUGGUUUAGUUAGCAUUACAACGUUGACCAUCAUGGGAUUGACUCGAUAUAUCAGCGUGUGUCAUCCACAAAUAAGAAUAGCAAGCAUUAAAUUCACGAAAAACACCAUAAUAUUUCCAUAUGUGUAUGCGCUAGUGUGGUCAUCAAUACCUCUCAGUGGAUGGGGAUCUUAUUCUGUAGAAUCGUACGGAACUUCUUGCACACUCCAGUGGAAUGACAAUAAAGUGUUUAUAACGCUUAUGUCAGUGUUCUGUAUAAGUACACCUUCGGCUGUGAUGUUUUUCUCGUAUACAAUGAUAUUGCUCAAAUGUAGGAAGAGUAAUCGAAAUUUAAGAGAAUGGCGGUCGAGAAAUGCCACGAAAGUGACAAGGAAAGAAUCAUAUCUUAUAAAGAUCACAUUUGCAAUGUGUUGGGGGUUUCUUAUUUGCUGGAUGCCUUACGCAGUAGUGUCGAUGUGGACUGCCUAUGGUGAUGUAACAUAUUUGCCUGUUAGAGCGACAGUUGUGGCAGUUUUGUUAGCUAAGACCUCAACAGUUGUGAAUCCAGUUAUAUAUUUUCUAAUGAGUAACAAAUUUCGUCCUUUAUUGAUGAAAUCAUUAAACAUGUCACGAAGCAGUCAACGAGAAAUUCAGAGGAACCCUCGUGGAAACGACAAAACAGAAGUUCCUAUACAAAGACUCAGUAAGUGUUCGAAUACAGGAAGCUCAAAUGCCACAAGUGACUCAUCAUCUUCGGGUGCUAAAUUAGUCAGACAAGUCAUGUGUUUAAAGUUAAGGGCCAGUGCUGAGGACGUUGCCUUGUGAUAAUAAGAACAAAAACGUAUUUCGAUUCGACCAAGUGGUUUUAUUUCCAUGACUGAAAUUACGCAUAUCUUGGAUCAUUCAAUUAAUAGUCUUAUUCUGCCCAUUUAUGUGAUAAUAUUAGUAUAAGAUACGUUUUCUACGACAGUGUAUCAUUUCGCCAAUGUAAUUCGUCAAGUAUUGCAUGCGUAUGAAUAUCUGAUUUUGAUGUCAAAUGUAACACGUUCAGGAAUUUGAAAAAAUAAAAAUAUUUUACCAUACACUGACCUCUUAAGGUCAAAUAAUGUUUGUCUACUUGUCAAUGUAUAUUGUUCUGCAACGAAAAUAGAGUACCUCUUAUUUAAGAAAGUUCAUUUUAAUCCGAGCGUAAGUUCUUUCAAAGCUUGGGCAAUCAUAUAUGUGAAAUUAUUUAUAUUUGUUUUGUAUUACGUUUUACAUACC